AUGAUGUGACCCCCCCUGACAUGAUGUGACCCCGAAUCCGGAGAUCUCAUGGAUGAACCUCUCAAGGUAGAGGCCGGGGUCAAAGUCCGGGAUCACAUUGACUUAAUUGAAGAGCCGGAGACCUUCAGCUAUCACCAGUUCUUCCACCAGUACAUGAUCGGAAACUCGCCGUGUCUCUUCUCCUCCAAGUUCACCGAGUCCUGGGGGAGCCGCAGGUCCUGGGUCAGCGCCGACAACGAGCCGAACUGGAAUCACCUUCUGCGGAACUUCGGUGAUGCCGCCGUUCCUGUGGCUAACUGCGAUGUGAAGGAGUACAACGCCAACCCCAAGGAGCAGGUUCCUCUCCGGGAAUACAUUGAGUAUUGGAGGGAAUGCCGGGAGAACGCCUCCCCCUCCCCCCGGGGAUGUCUGUACAUGAAGGACUGGCACAUGCAGAGGGAGUAUCCAGACCACGACGUGUAUGAAACGCCAGAAUACUUCUCAUCGGAUUGGCUGAAUGAAUACUGGGACGCUGUUGCCGUGGAUGAUUACCGCUUUGUGUAUAUGGGGCCGGCGGGCUCGUGGACUCCGUUCCACGCCGACGUCUUCCGGUCAUACAGCUGGUCGGCAAAUAUCUGCGGGCGGAAGAAGUGGCUUCUCUUUCCCCCGGGGCAAGAGGAACAUCUCAGGGACUGCCACGGAAAUCUGCCGUAUGACGUGACCUCUGCCGCCCUCCAGGACCCCGAUCUGUACCCGGAUUGUCAGAAGUGCUGCCCGCCGAUAGAGGUCACACAGGAAGCCGGGGAGAUCAUCUUCGUGCCCAGCGGGUGGCAUCAUCAGGUGUACAAUGUGAUAGACACCAUUUCCAUCAAUCACAACUGGGUGAAUGGCUGCAAUGUGGCGGUUAUGUGGCAGUUUCUGCAGAGGGAGUUGACAGCGGUGCAGCAGGAGAUCGCGGAGUGGAAGGACACAAUGGAUGGCUGGGAUCUGCACUGUCAGGUCAUCAUGAAAUCUUGCACGGGGAUUAAUUAUAGAGAAUUCUACGCGUUCCUGAAGAUGAUCGCACAGCGCAGGUUUGAAGCCUUGGAGACGACGGCCGUAGAUGUCCCCGCGGAGGAGCGGAUGGCCCCGGGGCCGCGCCAUGCAGUGUUUGACCUGCAGAAGAUUGCGGAUGUCUUAUCGGCACUCAUCGACAACGGAGACUUUCAAAAGCUGGACGUGGAGACGCUCGACCCGCCCCCAAAGCAAUUGCUGCGGCAGCUGAAGACGGCGAUCGCUCAGAAGUCACCUGCUUGA